GGCGGUUCACCCAUUAGGUGAAUCCAAAAGAUAUAAAGCUGGGAUCUGGUGGCUAGAUUUUUUCAUUGCUCGUCUUCAACGAUGUGGCUGCGUGCAACCAUACCUUUGGUCAUUGUCUCAAUGUCGAUGGUUCUGGCCCAGGGCGAUGGGCGAUACCGUCCUCCGCCCACUCGGGCCAGUGCCGGAGACGGACGCUAUCGCGGUGGCAACGAUGGAAGGUAUGUUGGUGGCAACGAUGGACGGUAUCGAGGCGGAGGCGAUGGCCGCUACUCCGGCAGCAAUGACGGUCGCUAUGUCCAUGUGGACAACAAAUACCAACACGACAACCGCCCGGGCGGGGACUACACCGGCGACAGUGGUCGGUAUGUGGGUGACAAGAACCGUGGUUCCGGAUCGGGAGGAGGAGGUGGAGCAGGUGGAGGUGGAGGUGGAGCUGAAGGAGGUGGUGCCGCAGUAGCCCCACCAAGAACCACAGCUAGACCGUCACCGAGACCCACCACACCUGUCCCAACGGCGGUGCCAGAUCCCACCGCCAACUUGCCGAAAGGCCGUGGCACUGGAGAAGGUGGCAAUGGAUGGGCCAUUAUUCGGCAGGAGGACGACGUGGAUCAGGAUGGCUAUCAUUAUCUUUGGGAAACUGAGAAUGGCAUCCUGGCGGAGGAAAGUGGACGCAUCGAGAAACUAACCGAGGAGGAUGGACUCCGCUCUAAAGGCUUCUACGAGUAUACGGGUGAUGAUGGCAUUCUCUACCGGGUGGACUACGUCGCCGACGACAAUGGCUUUGUGCCCAGUGCCGCCCACUUGCCAACGGCACCGCCCCCACCGCCCUACGUGGCCAAGUUGCUGGCUUUCCUGGAGGCCAAUGCCAAGAAUGCUAAGAAAUAAAUGUUAAACUGUAAAGAUAAUAAACUUUUGUGCCAUUUA